GGAUCAGGGUCUGGUGAAGGGGCUGGAGGUGCCAUGUCGGGCCGGGAAGGUGGCAAAAAGAAGCCCCUGAAACAGCCCAAGAAGCAGGCCAAGGAGAUGGACGAGGAAGAUAAGGCUUUCAAGCAGAAACAAAAGGAGGAACAGAAGAAACUCGAGGAGCUAAAAGCCAAGGCCGCCGGGAAGGGCCCCCUGGCCACAGGUGGAAUUAAGAAAUCUGGCAAAAAGUAAGCUGUUCCUCACAUCUGGGGUGAUGGUGACCCUCCUCUUCCAUUCCUAUUUAAACAUCUGGAUUCCCUGCCAUAGCAUCUUUGCCACCUACAGNUAGAAUGAAGUGUUAUCCUGUAACCUGUCAAACAUCUGGAUUCCCUGUCAUAACAUCUUUGCCAUGUAAUAGCUAGAAUGAAAUGUUAUCCUGAAGCCUGUUGUACAUUGUAAUAAACUUUUGUAAAAAAAAAAA